AUGAGAAAAGAAGACCUUGUGAGUGUCAUUACAUUGAUUAUUACUGCAGCACUUUUAAAUUUCUAUCCAAUUCUCUUCAAUAACCAACAAACACUUGAAGAAAUUGAACAACAUCAUAAAAUUAAUAUGGAAACUCCUCUUAAUACAGAAAGUAGAAUAAACUCCAUCCUAUUGAAAGGAGCUUCAGGAUAUUCAUGUAUCCUUCCACCAUCAGAAACCAAUAAGAAAUACUUUAAUUUAGGUGAGACAAUUUACACUGGUAGUUCAGAUAUGUUACAAUUUAUUUGUGAAUAUUUAAAGAGACGAAACUUGGUGAAUGAAAUUAUUCCAAAUUCAAGAAAAUUGAUGAAGAGAUUAAUAUACGAAGCUCACUUGUUGGAAAUGUUCGAUUUGAGGGAUAAAGUGAUUAGAAAAUAUGUGAGCCCCUUUGUCGCAAUUGAUAUGGUUGGAUAUCCUCAAAAAAAGAAAGAAUUUAUUAUUCGAAACAUACUUAUUCGAAAGGCAAUCACCAAUUUUUAUAAUACUAAGGGACCCUCCUUCACAAACACUCUUCCUACAAAGAUUAGAGCUGCCCUAUUUGAUAUUAGGAAGGAAUUGAGCAAUACUGCUUUUUUCAUAUUCAUCAAUAUUAGUAAUGAACGAACUUUGAGAGGAAUUUCAAAAGAAAUUGUUGACUUGUUACCAAAAUACUUAUUUGAAAUUGCAAAUAGCUGUGAAUUGGAAAAUAUUAUGAAAGAGCAAUUUACAGAGCUACUUUUUUAUUUGUUACAAAAUAUUGGAAAUCGAGAAUUGGUCCAAAGUGGAAUGGCAUUAACAUCUCUACCAAAAAUAGCUUUAUUUAUUCAACAUAGACGAAAUCUGUUUAAUAAUUAUGAAAAUUGUUUUACCAAUUUUAGUGUUAGACCCAUGAUUGGAUGUAUUGGAUUUAUAAAGAAUAUGUCAGGAUCGUUAUCUGCUUCGAUUAUUAGACAACUAUAUUCAGAUAGUGAGUUGGCAGCAUUCACUGAAUUGCAGUAUGAUAAUUUAGGUGAACUGAAGGAUCAUUUUGAUAAAAUACUUUUGAGAACUCUCCAUCAUAUCCUCAAUUCAUUUUAG